AUUUUGGGUUUUUGCCAUUUGGGUUUUCUUCUGUCUCAUCUGGUUUUAGAGAGAGAAGUGAAGAGAGAGAGAGGGAAGACGAUGACUGAGAAUCGGGUGGUUUUGGCUCUGGUUUUACUCUGCAUUGUUGGGUUUGAGCCAAGUUUCAUCCAUGGAGAUACAGAUGCAUCAGAUACUUCUGCGUUAAACUCCUUGUUCACCUCCAUGAAUUCUCCUGGACAGCUAUCUCAAUGGACAGCAUCGGGAGGUGAUCCUUGUGGUCAAAACUGGAGAGGCGUUACUUGCUCUGGUUCACGAGUUACUCAAAUAAAGUUACCAAGUCUUGGACUGUCUGGAUCACUUGGUUUUAUGCUUGAUAAAUUGACUUCUGUUACUGAGUUGGAUCUAAGCAACAAUAACCUCGGAGGCGAUUUGUCGUAUCAGCUUCCUCCAAACUUGGAGCGAUUGAAUCUUGCUAAUAACCAGUUCACUGGAUCUGCUCAGUAUUCCAUUUCUCUUAUGGCACCUCUCAAGUACCUCAAUCUUGCUCACAACCAGUUAAAGCAACUAGCUAUUGACUUCACGAAACUUACCUCUCUCUCUAUCUUGGACCUCUCUUCCAAUGCUAUCACAGGGUCUCUCCCAAACUCCUGUAGCUCUCUUACGAGUGCUAAAUCAAUUUAUCUUCAGAACAAUCAGUUCUCAGGCACCAUCGAUAUCCUAGCCACCCUUCCUCUUGAAAAUCUGAAUAUUGCAAACAAUCGAUUUACAGGAUGGGUCCCCGAUUCUUUGAAAGGCAUUAACUUGCAAAAAGAUGGUAAUUUAUUCAAUUCCGGGCCUGCACCUCCACCACCUCCUGGUACACCUCCGAUCCAUAAAUCACCUACUCCGAAAUCUGGUAAUCGUGACACCCGGUCCAAUGGUGAUUCUUCUAGUAGUAGCAAAGACUCCAACAAAUCAGGGAUUGGAGCUGGUGGAAUAGCGGGAAUAGUCAUUUCAUUGAUAAUUGUAGCAGCCGUCAUAGCUUUCUUCUUGAUCAAGAGAAAAAGAUCAAAGAGAUCAUCAUCCACGGACAUUGAAAAGACUGAUAAUAACAUUAACCAACCCAUUAUACUAGCUUCAAACGAAUUCCAUCAAGAGAAUAAGUCUGUACAGAAUCCACCAUUAGUUGAGACAAAGAAACUCGAUACAUCAUUGUCAAUGAAUCUACGUCCUCCACCAGCUGAGCGACAUAAGUCGUUUGAUGAUGAUGAUUCAACAAUGAGAAAACCCAUUGUUGCAAAGAAAGCUGCUGUUAUUGUUCCUUCAAAUGUGCACACAUAUACGGUUGCAGAUCUCCAAAUAGCUACCAACAGUUUCAGUGUAGAUAAUCUUCUCGGUGAAGGGACAUUUGGAAGAGUAUACAGAGCUCAAUUUGAUGAUGGGAAGGUACUUGCUGUGAAGAAAAUAGACUCUUCUGCGCUUCCCACUGACACGGCUGAUGAUUUUACCGAAAUAGUGUCGAAAAUUGCGCAUUUGGAUCACGAAAAUGUCACAAAGCUUGAUGGUUACUGUUCUGAACACGGGCAACACUUGGUGGUCUAUGAGUUCCAUAAAAACGGCUCAUUGCAUGACUUUUUACAUCUUGCGGAAGAGGAAAGUAAACCGUUGAUAUGGAAUCCCCGUGUCAAGAUCGCUCUUGGCACUGCACGCGCAUUGGAGUACUUGCAUGAAGUUUGCUCACCAUCUAUAGUCCACAAGAACAUCAAAUCAGCAAAUAUUUUACUUGACUCAGAGCUGAAUCCGCACCUAUCAGACUCAGGUCUUGCUAGCUUCCUCCCCACUGCAAAUGAGCUCCUGAACCAAAAUGAUGAAGGAUACAGCGCACCAGAAACUUCAAUGUCAGGCCAAUACUCUUUGAAAAGUGACGUUUACAGUUUUGGAGUAGUGAUGCUUGAGCUCUUAACUGGAAGAAAACCAUUCGACAGCACAAGGUCAAGAUCUGAGCAGUCAUUGGUGAGAUGGGCAACACCUCAGCUUCACGACAUUGAUGCAUUGGGCAAAAUGGUUGAUCCAGCACUCAAAGGGCUUUAUCCGGUUAAAUCCCUCUCCCGAUUUGCAGAUGUUAUCGCCCUAUGCGUCCAGCCGGAGCCAGAGUUUAGACCACCAAUGUCUGAAGUGGUGCAAGCGUUGGUUGUGCUGGUGCAGAGAGCUAACAUGAGCAAAAGAACUGUCGGAGUCGGCUCCGGUAGCUCCGGCGCCAAUGAUUACAUGUAAAUUCUUUACCUGAGAGAACCAAACAAAACAAAACAUAAAAAUUUGCCCUUUUUUCUUGUCUGUUCGGAUUCUGGGUCGGACGGCGACAGCAAGUGACAACAGAGACAGACAAACAAAAACAAAAUCCUUUCUUUUUUUUGGUUUCAUAAAACUGAUGAGAGAAUAACAACAACAACAACCCCUUCACGCAUUGUACACUCCCCCAUGUAUCUUUGUAAUUUGUUCCCAAUUUGUAGCGUCUUUUUUUAGAUUCCGACAACAUGGACAAAACCAUUCCCUUUUGUGAAUCCCCUUCGGCUACGGUAUUUUUCCAUUGUAAUUUUUAUUGUUGUUUGAAUAAAUUUCCUGCGAAGAAAUUUUUAUA